UUAGACGCAAAAAAUAAAAUGGGUGCUGCAAAGGUGGUCAUGUGUUUGCAUCUCAACUAUUCUGAUACACGUUUCACUUGCGACCCAAUUGUUGAUGGUAAUAUUGAGGAAUCACCCAAAGAAACAAAUAAUGGUUGCCUUGAGGAUGAAAAGAAGCAUAUAGACUUGGAUGGGUUAGAUUACGACGCUAAUUGUGAUAUAGGGCAUCAAACAGACAACCUUGAAGGUGGAGAAGCAAACUUUGAAGCUAGGCUGAGAGUGGUAGAGGAGCGAACUAGAUUGGUACCCAAAUUGUAUUCCAAAAUGCAGGCCAUUGAAAGGAUGCUUGGUUACAAUCAUGGCUUAUCACUUGAUUAUGAUAUGGAUAUGAGGAGCGGGAAUCCUUCUCUACAAGACCAGUUGAGCUUGAUACCUAGUAUCGCACACAAACUAGAUAAUGUGAUGGCACAACUCACUGGAAAAAGAGGACCAAUGGUUAGUGAGGUGUUCCCGCGCAAUUUACAUGGAACUAAAAAGUUGAGAAUGCAGUGCAAAGAAGAAAUGAGUAACAUUGUAUCUCCUUUGAAGAAGAAAGCUGACCCGCACGCUUCAACUGCAGUUGGCAUGGCAAAAACGAGGGUGAAUCAAAUGGCAAGCAAUACUGGUAAACCAAACACGUUACAAUGCACUGAUGGAAGGAAAGCACAUGGCACAUCUAUUGAGGAGGUUAAAAGUGUUGAUUUGUUUUCACCUGAAACAUCUCCAAAAAUUGCUAAAAUGUCCAGCCCAACACCUCUUGAGAAGGUAGAAAAUAUUGCCAACCUUAAAUUGUCCAGCCCAACAUUUCUUGAAGGGGUUAAAAGUAUUGAAAUGUUCUCAAGUGAAACACCUCUCAAAGACAAGGUUAAAAGUAGUGAAGAGAAUGAAGUUUCCAGUCCAACACUUGUUGAUAAGAUUAAAAGUAGGACACAUAGGAAACGCAGCAAAGUAUGUUCAUCGCCAUAUCUUAGUGCGAAAAGCAGGGCAAAAUUUGUUCCCGACAACAUCCACAUAGAUGAUAUCACAAGAGGCCUUGAUUUAAGUGACUUGGAAGUUGCCGCCAUCAAGUUUGUACAAAAACAGCUUGUGCUAGAUGCUGAAAGGGUCGUUGUUUGUAUUGGACAAAUUGAGCUAAUCUGCUCCAAAAUGGCAUCUCUCAUUAGGCCUGUCAAUGAGAAUGGAGUGAAAAAAUAA